AUGCCAACCCUUCCUGGUCCAGAUGUUAUGAGUGCAACCGCUCCUGAUAGAAACAACAAUGAAAGCUUUAUUAAGCCAGCUUAUAUCCCCAAGGUGAAGACUUGUAAAAGGUCAUCUUUUAAAUUUAAUGCUGUUCAUUUCCCUAUAUACUAUAAGCUUGUGGAGAAUAAAAGGAGCAUGACCAUAACGUCAUGUUUAAACGCGCUUAAAUUACAAGGUAUUGAAAUAACACAACCUAUUUUCAAUCUGGUUCACGGAGUUGUUUCCUUUUUUGAAAAGGGGCUGGCAUCUGGGGAACUUGCGGAAAUCCCUGGAUGGAAAUACGCAGAGGGUCCAGACAGCCAUGUGGAUCCAGAGGCCUACAAGCAUGAUUUUUAUAUACCCGAUAAUGAUUUGGGCUCAUCACAACUAAUAUGGGCAACCAUGGUCUCUUGGUGGAAAACAGGCGACUUUACCGGGUCAUAUGGCCGGUACAAUAUAUUUCAUCAAGGAUCGAAAAAGGUCCCUGGCCCUCCAAUCUUGUCUUCAUAUAUGAAGAAACACUUUAUCUGUCUUUUCCAGGAAGAUAAAUAUUUCCAGUCCCGUGAGGUUAUAUACGAAUAUAAGUUUGGACAGGCAUUAUGGGCCAUCAGUCACUGGCUAUCUAUUUCAAAAUGUGUUGAGAUGAUGCUGUCGACAACCCGGGACAUCAAUCUACGCGUACGCUACAACGAUCUUGGUCCCUACGUGACUCAAAAAUCAGCACUGGUACGGUUGAACGGGUUCCCCGCCGGUACCACGAGCUACAGUAUCUUUAAAAUUGCGCUUGAUGAGAUGUGUGAUUCCAUUGUAGGCCACUGUGUACAAUGCACGUCGGAGCUUUCUAAAAUUCUGAAGACCUUUGUUGAAACAUACAACCUUAUCCAUAGCGACCGCAAGUCCUACCACCGAAACGCCGAUAUGCUUGGGGUCAAGAACCCUCUCAAAGUCCCGCCUGUACCGGAGGAGCUGGUUCGUCUCCUUAGCUCGUUUUUGCAUGUGUGCAAGCCCGAGUCACCGUUGGUGAGAUCCAAGGCCGUAUUGUCCAAAAGUCAUUUGAUGCAACGCAACGUUGAAUAUUUUCGGGUUUUCAGGGAAAUUGAUUCUAUUGUAUCACUUCUUUAUGCAAGACCAUCUCAAAACCGUCACAAAGCCAUACUUCGCAAUCUGGCCUUGGCCGAUAACCCCUUACCCAUUAUUUAUCAGUACAUGAUUUCAGGACGCAAAAACAAGCACCCUGCACGAAUGCCAGCAAUUGUUGUUCAGCUAAAGCGCUCGCGGUCGUUCCAAGAGAUGCAGAAGGAGAUUGCAGAACUUCGCAAGCUUAAAGAUGACUCGGCAGGACCGAUUGAUAGCGGAGAUGACACUGGCAAAGACAUCAACUUUAGAUUUGACUAG